AUGUGGCUCCUCAAAAUCAGACAGGCUGGCGUCCACACCCCGGUAAUCGCCUCAGCCGCAGGGCUAAAACAGGUGAGGGUAUUUGUAGGUGCAUCCCCACACACGGCAACUUUGCUCCUCUCCCCCGUUCCCCUCUCUCCUUUCCUGGCCUUCCCCUCACUCCUCCUCCUUCUUCUUCUUCUUCUUCUUCUUCUUCUUCUUCUUCUUCUCCUCCUCCUCCCCCUCCUUCUCCUCCUCUCUUUUACACUCCCCUCUCUCCGCCCUUCUCCUCCACUCUUCCCCUCUCCCCCCUCCUACCUCCCUUUCUCCUCCCUCUCUACUCUCUAA